GAGGGCGAACAGCCGCGCGGGGACGCACCAAGCCUCCGCUCCAGCAGACGGAUUUACACUUUGGAGCGUUUGUUCUCGAACACUCGCGUCGUUCUUGCCCCGGCUUCCGUCUCUCACGUUCAGCCUGUGGACUUUUGGAUUAUUCGGUUGAACUGAACUGAGAGUUGAACACUUGUGUGGCUCUCGGCAGUGACAGCGCUGCGACCCGCCGUCAGUAUGUGGAAGUAACGGGACCCUCGCUCCGCUGUUUUCAUGCCGUUUUCGCCCCCGACUGACUCGCUUCUAGGCUAAAGCAUGGCUGUGGACGGCUGUCCGCUGAAAGUGGUGAUAUUCCUCUGGUGUCUGCUGGUGAUCUCCGGCUCCAGCUUCGAGAUCGGCUCCUACGAGCUGGAGCGCGGCAGACCGGCCAAGUGCGAGCCCAUCGUGAUCCCCAUGUGCGUGGGGAUCGGCUACAACAUGACCCGCAUGCCCAACUUCAUGAACCACGACAGUCAGGAGGAGGCUGCCAUCAAUCUCAACGAGUUUGCCACUCUGGUCAACUACGGCUGCGAUGUUCACCUCCGCUUCUUCCUCUGCUCCCUCUACGCCCCCAUGUGCACCGACAAAGUGUCCACCUCCAUCCCAGCCUGCAGACCCAUGUGUGAGCAGGCCCGGGAGCGUUGCGCCCCCAUCAUGAAGACCUUCAGUUACACCUGGCCGGACUCGCUGGACUGCUCCAGACUGCCCACCAGGAAUGACCCCAACGCCCUCUGCAUGGAGGCUCCGGAGAAUGAAACCAGGACGGAGGGCAAGAAGGGUGAGGGGAUGCUUCCGUUGCCUCCUCGACCCAGGCAGCCGGGUCCCAGCAGCGGGCGUACAGUUGUCAACGUCGGAAAUUGCGAGAACCCGGAUAAGUUCCAGUUUGUGGAGAAGAGUCAGUCAUGUGCGCCGCGCUGCUCCCCUGCUGUGGACGUCUUCUGGUCCAGGCAAGACAAAGACUUUGCCUUCAUCUGGAUGACAGUCUGGUCCAUACUCUGUUUCAUCUCCACCGCCUUCACUGUCUUGACCUUCCUCUUGGAGCCGCACCGCUUCCAGUACCCGGAGAGGCCCAUCAUCUUCCUCUCCAUGUGCUACAACGUCUACUCCGUGGCCUUCAUCAUCCGUUCGGUAGCUGGGGCGGAGAACAUCGCCUGCGACUGGGAGAACGGAGAGCUCUACAUCAUCCAGGAAGGUCUGGAGUCCACAGGCUGCACCAUCGUCUUCCUCAUCCUCUACUACUUUGGCAUGGCCUCGUCCAUAUGGUGGGUCAUCCUCACGCUCACCUGGUUCCUGGCAGCCGGGAAGAAGUGGGGCCACGAAGCCAUCGAAGCGCACAGCAACUACUUCCACAUGGCUGCCUGGGGCAUCCCCGCGCUCAAGACCAUCAUCAUCCUCACGAUGAGGAAGGUGGCUGGGGACGAGUUGACCGGCCUCUGCUACGUGGGCAGCAUGGACUCUGGAGCGCUGACAGGGUUUGUUCUGAUCCCUCUCUCCUGCUACCUUAUCAUAGGAACAUCCUUCAUCCUCACCGGUUUUGUUGCCCUCUUCCACAUCCGCAAAGUGAUGAAAACUGAAGGCACCAACACGGAGAAGUUAGAGAAGCUGAUGGUGAAGAUCGGCAUCUACUCCAUCCUCUACACGGUGCCCGCCACCUGUGUCAUCGUCUGCUACUUCUACGAGCGGCUCAACAUGGACUACUGGAAGCUGAGGGGGCAGCAGAUGAAGUGCGGCUCCUACAGCGGGCCGGGAGGGGACUGCUCGCUGCAGGCGUCCGUGCCCACCGUGGCCGUGUUCAUGCUGAAGAUCUUCAUGUCCCUGGUGGUGGGGAUCACCAGCGGGGUGUGGGUGUGGAGCUCCAAGACUCUGCAGACCUGGCAGGGCCUGUGCAGCAGGAAGGUGUCAGACAGGACUAGUAGCAGGAAGCCGUGCAGUGGCGUCAGCUGCAGCAGCACACACUGUCACUACAAGUCUCCUGCUGUGGUUCUGCACAUGGCCAAGUCCGACCUGCACUCAGACAACCCCACACAUGUUUGACACACUCAUGCCCUGUGUACAGAGCUGCUACAGACUUGAAAAGAGGGACAGUCUUGAAACUCCUCUGCUGCUGCCAAGAGACUCGCAGGUACUGGACCAGAAACAGUGUUCGGGUUUUAAAAGGUUCAGUAUUGCUUCUGUUCUGUCGUCCAAUUCGCAAAAAAGAAAGAAAAGGCAUUUUUCUAUGAACGUGGGAUGAUAAGCUGUAUAAAUGUGUAUAAAAUGUUUAUUUAUUGUAAAUAUAUUUAAUUUAAGUUCACCUUGGCGGUCAAAUAGUUGUUAUAGGUCAAGGAUAUGAUGUGCCUUUCAUAACUGGAUUUUGCUAUUUUUGUUGGAGGGAGGUCAUAAUAAAU